CCCCUUCACUGCUGGUUACUAUGUGCAUGUUGAUCUCUCUACUCUAGAAAUUCCAGAUUAGAGUGCCCCAAUGGAUUACAGUAUGCAGUGGAUUAAUUAAGUCAACUUUGCCCCAAGCAAAGUGGGACAGAAUGCUCUUUGGCACUCUUCUGAGGCAUGAGACUUGCCGACCGCAGUUGAACAAAAUAUGUGGUGGAUCGAUACCAACCAGUGGUGCAGUAACACAGCAAAAAAGAAUGCUUCACAGCACUAUUCAGCUUCUUGCUGCAAAAGAUUCCCUACAGCCAUCUGAAGAGAAAGUGAGUGCCUUCACAAAGAUAAUAGAAGCAAUGGGAUUCACAGGACCACUUAAAUAUAACAAAUGGAAGAUUAAAAUAGCGGCGUUGCGCAUGUACACUUGCUGUGUGGAGAGAACUGACUAUGAGGAAUUCUUUCACAGGUGUCAUAUGCCGGAUACAUUAAACUCUUGGUUUCUGGUAGCCCAACUUCAUGUCUGGAUGUGUCUGGUGCGAAUGAAGCAAGAAGGUCGAGCUGGAAAAUACAUGUGUCACUAUAUAGUUCACUCAAUGUGGGAAGAUGUUGAACAGCGUGGUAAGGUGAUGGGGAUUGAUUCUGUUACUCUAAAAGAAAGUAUGAGAAGCAUGACAGAAAAUUUCUAUGCAGCUAUAUUUGGCUAUGAUGAGGGAAUCUUGUCUGAUGACCAUGUACUGGCAGCAGCCCUUUGGAGGAACCUUUUCAGCAAGUGCUGUGAGGACCCCAGACAACUGGAAUUGCUAGUGGAGUAUGUGCGCAAGCAGAUGCAAUACCUGGAUGCUAUGAAUGGAGAGGACCUGCUACUGACUGGAGAAGUGACUUGGCGCCCUCUUGUGGAGCGUAAUGCCCAAAGCAUCCUGAAGCCAACUUCCCCAGCCUAUAAUGAUGAGGGACUCUGAGAUCUUUAUCAGUCAGUGAACAAUAUGUUAAAUCAGCUUGUACCUAAAAGAGAGGUUCUCUCAUUCUGUGAGGUACCCAAGAAGGGAAGGAAUAAAUAUUUGUUUUUGAAAGAAUAUAUUUAAAUAAAUAGCCUUUGUGUAUGUAUUUACAUGUUUGUAAACAUGACAGCAAAACUCUUUUGAAUAUUCAACCUAGGAUUAAAUAUUGCUAGUUCAUUUGAGGGAUGCCUGGCUGUUGGAGAAGUGUAAAGCUGGCUCUGCAGAUAGGUCCUGAGAGACAGUGUUAAUCUUUUGAAAACCAAAUAUCUUACCAAAAGUGAUAGGCAACUCAUGAACAGGGCUCUCCACGCCUUGGCAAGAGGGGAGUGCUUCACACAGAUACAGUGAUGUGACUCUGCACCAUGAAGAGCUGCCAAGCACAAGGCUGAGUUCUGUUUGUUCUUGAUGUUGAAAUACAGCUAUCCUGGUUUGGAGGGACAGUGUCAAUUUUUGAAUUAAAAUGGUUGGGAAUUGCCUGAGAAGAUCUUGAAAUGGUUUUCAAUUAAAGCCCCUUUUAGGGUCAGUCGGUGAUUGGCCCCUUACACAGCUGCACAAGAAGAGGUAAGUGCAAGGAGCUGGAGCCAGGACCUGGCAUAUCUACAGACCUUGUUAACCUCCUUGGGUACUAGUCACCUAGAGAGGCAGGGGACAGGGCCAUGGUAGGAUUUUGACUAACAGCCACUUUAGAGUCUUUAUUGUAUCAAAAUAGCCGUAUAUUCCUGAUAUGCCCAUAUACUUCUAGAGGUAUGCUCUAGUGGUUGCUGCAGUAGAGUACAUCUCAAUGGUCUAUUCAUGUUUUCUGUGGAAUAAAAGUAUGCUCCACCCACAAAGAAGAGGUUCAAGACCUUUUCUAAUUAAACAGGUGACAGUUACCUGAACAAGAUUGUGGAAUGAAAACCUGUACCAAAUAAAAAGAAAUAAGGGCUUUAUUGCACAAGCUGGAAGUCAAUAUUGGGUUUCUAUAGUUUAAUGUCUGAAACUGGGUUUAUUGUGUCCAAAAUGUUCAUAGGAAACCAUUUGAUCAAGUAAUAAAACUGUACUUGUUUUGUGUACUGUGAAAAAUGUAUUUGCUGAAAUUGGUGCUCUGUCAUGUCAGGAUAUAGUCAAGUCAUCUUUAAUGUCUGAUUACACUAACACACAUCAAAUGUUCUUAUUUCUGGUGUAAGUGUGAUGUCUUCUGUAGCUGCCUGCUCUUAAUGCCACCUUUCCUAGGCCAUUUGCAUCCGUGUUAGUCAUCACCUUUCCUGUCAGUGCCAAGAGAGAUGAGAAUAUGAUCUCCGAAACACAGGCAAGUGCUUCUUAGCCUUCGUUUGAGGAACAACUACUAGUACAUUUUUCUCUGUGUGAGCAUGUGUAGAAAAGUAAUUUUGUUAGGUUUUUCAAAAAGCAAACUUCCUCCGUUUAAGAUGUUAUGAGUCAUAUAAAGAAACCUUAUAUGUGUGAGGUAUAUCCCACUUCUGUAAAAACAUUACAAACCAAACAACUUUCUCUCAGUUUAUUUAAGAUGCUUUUGUUGCAAGCUGAGCUAAGGAGAGAACCCUCUUCUGUAUGAAGUAUUAUGCAGUAUGUGUGAGAUAAUAACACCUUGUAAUUCAUUACAGCUGUGUUGUAUUUACAUUAAAGAAAGCUUAGCUGUGUAGGAA